AUGGAGAAGCAUCCCCGGCCUAAGCACAAGCCUAUAAUUACCUUUAGAGCUGGAGAGGUCGAGCGCUCCCACCAUGACGACGCUCUAGUGAUCUCCAUCCAAAUCGCCAACGCCCGAGUCAAGAGGGUGAUGGUUGAUACGGGGAGUUUCGCCGACAUCCUCUACUUCGAUGCCUUUGGGAGGCUCGGGUUCACCAGAGAUUCCAUCUCCCUGCUUGGAACCACAGUGCUCCCCAUCACCCUCGGGGAGGAACCAAGGAUGAAAACAGUAAUGACCACCUUCAUGGUGGUCGACCUACCAUCGGCCUAUAAUGUCAUCCUCGAUCGCCCGACCCUCAACAGGAUUCAAGCGGUGGUCUCUACCUAUCACAGAACCAUCAAGUUCCAAACCUCGGUAGGGAUUGGGGAGGCUUGGAGUGACCCAAGGGAGUCGAGGCGAUGCUACCUCAUCGCAGUCACUCUCCCGCCGAAUCCUCGCCCAACCCUCGUGAGGCACCUGUACUACAAAUGA